UUAUGGAGACGACAUGGACGAUCGAGCUGUCAACUGUGCGCUGCCGAUGUCUGUGAUACUGUCAGAGGAAUGCCCAGGAAAAUCGCAUUCAUCGUGGUGAACUCUUCCAGUCAUGAGGAGAAAUACAGCGCCCAGGAAUUGAAGGUGCACGCACCCACAGCCAAAGGAUGGAGGUCCAGCAGGCUAUGCUCAUACCCCCAGACCCUCACGCUGGAGUUGGAGGAGAGGAGCCGUGUGAGGAAGCUGCAGCUGCUCGCUCAUCAGUACAUGAUCCCCUCCAGGGUGGACUUCCACAUUGGGGACAGUCUGCCCACCAGCAGCCCCCUGCACAAGCUUGGGUACGUGUCUCUGUCUGAUAACCAGCAGACAGCGUUCAAAGCACGAGAGCUGAAGUCUGUGCAUGUGGACUCCAUCGGAACCCACCUGAGGAUAACCCUGCACGAGAACCACGCGAACCCCCACAACCGCUACAACCAGGUUGCUCUGGUUGCCAUCAAUGUUCUGGGAGACUCACUGGAUGGGAACAUCUUCAACACCAUGCCCAGUUGCGAGCAGCUGAUGGAGCAGUACCUCGGCACCGGGCAGCGGGAGGGAGCCCUGGACACGACCUACACGGGGAAAUGUGAGUCCUUCUGCCCCCUAGAUGACCUAGCCUUUGACAUGUACCAGGACCCUGAGGUGGCCCAGCUUAUCCGUCUGCUGCACCAGAGGAAGCAGGAGAUGGUGCACCAUGAGAAGUUUGAGAAGGCCCGACUUCUGAAGCAGGCCCUGGCCGACCUGCACAAGGUGGGGGAGCGUCUGGCCUGGUUGGAGGUAGAGAAGCGCUGUGCUCUGGAAAAGGAGGACUACGAGCAGGCUGAGCACAAGAGGCAGCACAUGGAGCACUACCGCAGCACCAUGUACCGCCAACUGGAGGUGCACCAGCUGCUAGAACCUACACUGGUCUCCGCCUCAGUGUCCGAGUGCUCUCCCUGCACCCUGCCUUCUCCAGACCUGUCUCCUGACCAUACCAAGCCCACUCUGUCCACAGACUCUGAGCGGAAGAGCAGGACAUCUAACCCACAACCCCACCUGAGCCCUGAGGUCCUUACACAGAGCAACCCAGCCAGCAGGCCAAGCUCCCCCAAUGUUCCGAGCGUGCCUUAUGAUGAGAGGCCGUUACCCGCGCUGUUGAUGAGAGACAGGCCAGUUGAGGCCACACUGAGUCCACCGGAGGAGCUCUCCCCCCUGCUUAACACACCAGGACCAGCUGGUAUCAGAGGAGAACCAGAGCCACUGACCAAGAAGGCCCAGCGAGAGGCCGGACACGCACUGGACGUCUUCGGGGAAACCAUUGUGUGUGCUGCAUAUUCCAAGACCUGGUCAUACCGGGAGGAUGCGCUGGUGGCUGUGCAGCAAAGGCUGAGGGAGGUGUGUGCUUCUGGGACCAGGGAGGAGCUGAGGGGGAUGGUGCGCGCUGCUGUGCUCCUGCUCCAGAAGAGUCUACAGGACAAAGUUUCCUCUGUGUUUCAGUGCUCUCUGAAGCUGCUGCUCCUCCUGCUCAGUGAACUCAUUCUUGGGGCAGGUCUGGGGAGAGCAGAAGUCACCCACUGUCUGGAGCAGACCUGGCCCUACCUGCUACGCCGCAUGGGGGAUGCCUGCAACCGCCUUCGCCUCGUGACUCUCUCCUCCGUGCAGGAGAUAGCACUGCUGAAGGAUGUGCGCACCUUGCAGUGGGUCCCUUGUGAGCUAGUGAAGCCCAUCUCUUCCACACUACCUGCUCGUCUGGCCCAGAGUCGGGCUGAGCUUCUGGAGCGGCUGCUGUCUGCUCUUGGCACAAACGGCUCCGGCUUCACCUUGGACAAUGUGAUGAUGUUCUGCACAGGAGCCCUGAGUCACAGUGCGCCUGGGGUCAGGGAGGCAGCUGUCCGGAUCAUCCUCUCCAUGUACCAGCAACACGGGGCCGAGCUGCUCCGGUACCUGCCCCCCAAUGACCAUGCCACGCGCACCAACUUCAUUUAUAAGAAGAUCUUUGAUGGCUUCGCCCAGAUCGAUGGGGAAUUGGCAGAUGCACAUGCGAAAGGAGGGCCCCAGGAGCUGGUCCAGUCUAACCAGGAGCAGCUGGCCACCCUCAAGGAAAUCACUGACAGGGAUAAAAGCACCAGAGCCCAAAGAGGAACAGCCAAAGAGUUGAAGGAAGAGGCCCAGAGAACCACUCAAGCCACUCUCCCAAAGAUGCAGAAAGAGACACCACAAGUUGUUGAUACUCCAGAAUCUGUUGGCAACUACUUAGACAAUCUGUGUAUUUUCUGUGGGCGAAGAGACGAGGGUUUCACUGAGGAUGGAUUGGACCGACACUACUGGAAGCACUGCCCCAUGCUGCGGCUCUGUGACCACUGCAAACAGGUGGUGGAGAUCUCCAGUCUGACAGAGCACCUGCUGGGGGAGUGUGAGAGCCAGAGCAGCUUCAGCCAGUGUCCCCAGUGCAGCGAGGCCGUGCCCUUUGAGGAGAUUAGGAGCCAUAUGGAGGGGCCACACUGCAAUCCCCCCAUCCCUGGGAAAGCCUCCAACCACUGUCCCUUGUGCCACACCAACUUCCAGGCCGGAGACGAGGCCUGGAAGCCACACCUCAUGGGCCGUGAGGGCUGUCCACACAACCCCCGGAGAGCAGUGCUGUACCAAAGGACUCAGCCACUACAAGGCCGAGCAUUGGACAGCAGCAGGCUGAAGCAGGGCUGGACUGCAGGGCCCCUGGGAAGACCCCUGGGACGGCCCUUGGGACGGCCACUGGGACGGCCCCUGGGACGGCCCCUGGGACGGCCCCUGGGACGGCCCCUGGGCAGAGGCAGCAGGAUUCCAGCUCUGGCCCAGAGUCAAAGGAACACAGCCGACAAACGCUGACAGAGUCUGACAUGAUCUGAGAGGGCCCACCCCAAUCUACAUGUCUGAAGUGUACUGAGAAUCCGCUCACAAAUUGAACUGUUGAAUGAAAAAAAUCAUAAUAAUACCAAUGUCUUUAAAGACACUUCACUUAAAACAGAACUAGUUAACUUUAAAGGGUUUGCAGUGGUCCAAAGUUAUUCCUCACGUUCCUUGCAUAUUUCUAAGCAUCCUAAUUCACUCAGAAGCCAGAGUGGAAUUUUGCUAUCACGGUAAUGCUAAGAACAACCAGCAUACUAAUAGCGUACCAGCCUUAUUCCUGGUUCACAGAUGAUAAAAAUGCUUUAUAAUUGGAUGUGUAGACGGCACACAACACCCUCAUUUUGCCCUAAUAUAUCUGCACUGGACAAGACAAUUUUGACUUUACAAAUGAAAUCUCAUCUUCUUCAUCUUCAUCAGUAUCGCGCCUCCUAUAUUCCACAAUGUUGCCAGCAGAGGUAGAUAAGGCUAAAGAUAAUAGCUGUUCAACUUAGGUAUGAUCAAAUGUUUGAAUUACUCAGGCAUAUUUACACUUGUAAAGAGAUAAAGACAGACAUUAUGGACAUGGUUUGCCAAAGUUUGCACCCCAGCAGUAUGGAGCACAGUGUAGACAGGUUGAGAUUACAAAUAUGCAAGAGAUAAGUACAUUAGUUGGAGGAUACUGACAAAGAUCCUUAAAGUAAAAAGAAUACCUUAAUAUACCUUAACUG